AUGGCGUUUCAAAAUUUUGAACCAAUCUUUGUCGAACCCAAACUGGAGUUGAAACCUCACACUUCUCCACAUUUACGUCAUUUUUUGUUCCAUGCUUAUGCUCCUGAUUCUUCUCACUUACUAAUUCAUGUUACUGAUUUCCACUCUCAUACUUGGGAAGCUCAUCUUUCAGUUUCGUUGCUUGAAGACAUUAGGGAUAUUAUUGGAAUUGGGGGCUCUUGGUUAGAGUUUAUUGAUUAUUUUGUAACUUCCCUCAAGUCAGAAGAUCUGAAGCUGGUUCUAGAAGCCGAUUCAAAUUCGGAUGGUAAUCAGAACUCUUAUCACUUCUACUUUUUGUUACUAAUCUGA